UCCAGAUUUUUUCUUCUACUUCUUCGUCAUCUUUCUCCGCAAGUUUAAAAAAAAAAAUAAAAAAAAAGGUUUAUUUUCCACUUCCAUGGCUGCUACUUCUCCAUUAGCUCUAUUGCCCUCUGGUUUCAGAGGAGGCCCUGAGGCCUCCAAACCAAAGCUCCUAAAUUCCCGCCCAAAACCCACAAAUUUCAUAUUAGCAGUUUCGCCUCUUUCUCAGUGCCGUCGUCAGCUCAAGACCUUCAGAGUUUUGGCUUCCGUUUCGGUUUCUAAUCCUGAAGUUCGGACCGGUCCUGAUGAUCUUGUUGCAUCUAUUCUUUCGAAGGUAACACAAACAGAUAGAGGAGUUUUACUGAAAAAGGAAGAACACGAAGAGGUAGCUAAUACAGCUAAAGAAUUGCAGAACUACUGUGUAAAUGAGCCAGUGAAGUGCCCUCUUAUUUUUGGAGAAUGGGAUGUGCUGUACUGUUCCAUACCAACAUCACCUGGAGGCGGUUAUCGGAGUUCACUAGGCCGGCUGGUUUUUAAAACGAAGGAAAUGAUUCAGGUUAUCGAAGCUCCCGAUGCAGUCAAAAACAAGGUUGCAUUUUCGGUUUUAGGGUUCCUGGAUGGAGAGGUCAUUCUGAAAGGGAAAUUGAAUGUUCUGGAUACUGAAUGGGUUCAAGUUAUAUUCGAACCGCCCGAAUUGAAGGUUGGUCCAUUCGAAUUUCGAUACGGUGGUGAAAGUGAGGUCAAACUCCAGAUCACAUACAUUGACGAGAAGAUCAGAUUGGGGAAAGGCUCCAAAGGCUCUAUCUUUGUUUUCCAAAGACGCAACGCUUCUGUUUAAAGAAAGUUAUCACUUUGUCAUUUCAAGACAAUGUACGUUUAUGUACUCUUAUGUAAAAUAUUCUUCUUCUACUUUGAUUAAAUCUAUUUUCAUCUGAAAAGAAAAGUAAAUAAUAAAGCAUAACAGAAAAUUUCCAAA